GUGUUUCUGCAAGCAGUACGUGUUUCAAGAAGUAUUAAACGAAAUGUUCAAUUAAAAGCUUCUAGUUUAUGUGCAAUCGUAGAUAGAUUUAGUGCAUGGUAGGAAAAUGCAUGUGUAUCUUACAUUGGUGAUUUCCAUAUCGCUGGAAAAGCCAAUGGAAAUGAAGCACUUCCUUCCUUUCGUUUCGUGUGGUGUGGUGUCUUGUGUGUAUCUCUUUGCAAAAAAAACCCAUCUGUUAGUGCCCUACUUUCCUCAACGCCGAGCAUAAUUAUUCUCCCAUUCACGAAAGUGGCCAUGAGCUUGCUUAAAAAGUGCAUGUGCAGGGCCAAUGCAGCCGUGUGUGAACCUGUUCUUCUGCACGUUUUGGCCAAACUGGUGCUGCUGCUGCUACAAAGUGUUGUUUAGAGCGGAUUUCGUAAAAGUAGCUGAGCCUGCUUUAUGCGCCGUGCCAUGUGUUGGUUUUUUUGUUGUUGUUGUUCUUGUAUCGCGUGUGCCGUAAGUGCAAGUGGAUAAUGUUGCAAGCCAUGGUCAGGCGCCCGAGGCGAAGUUGCAUUAGGCAGCAGAUAAUUAUCUCCUCCUCGGCGGUACUCGUGUACCUACCCACCAAAAUGCCUUAUCCAUGCGAAAUGUUAAAACCCAGACAGACAGCGGUUUCGUGUUUCUCGUCGCACCGGGAUGGAAAGAGCAUGUAGUAGCGCCGCCCUGAACCAAUGAAUUGAAUCCACACACAACCACGGGAACGGUUCUCCCAAUCAUGUGGCCAUGGGUAAUUGAAUAAUCGACUCAAGAUGGCAAAUUACCACACAUUGUAGGGAGGGCAGGCGCGGCAGCAGGCUUCUUCUCCAGCCUUUAACGAGUUUAACUAAUUCACAAAAGGAAAAACGAAACACGACAUUCUGCAGCUGCAACCCGGCAACAUGCGCAUCGUGCUGGAUAAGAGGAAAUGCACACAGAAAGAGAGAAAGAGAGAGAGAGGGAGAUAAGUAGCAUUGCUAACCUCCUGCACAAAUAACUCACUGACAGGACGAAGGAUCGAUAAAACCAUUCAGCUAUCUACGCCCCUGAAGGCCUAAUUAGAAGCACAACACUUCCUGCGGCAUCUAAUUCCAUAGCUUAUCCUUAUCAACAAUCCAAUAGUUCUAAACGAUUUCGAAACAUUCUAUUUAAUGAGGCCAGCGACUUGAUCGCCUUCUUAUCUUUUGGAAGCGACUGCAGGAACAAAACGAAAUAACCAGUUACCACCACCUGUUAGCAGCCGCUGUGCAAGGAGGACCGGCGGCAAACGGUUCUUGUUACGAGCGACGCGCGUGUUCGCGCUGUAAUCCAAUUCCGACUCCGACUCGCCGUUAGGUUAUUUUUAUCGGCAAACGUGCGACACAACACACAGGCGGGUCGGUUCCAUACCAAAUGCGUUGCUUCCUCCAUGCUGGCAACGUUAAGGACACAAAUCCAUUUAUGCGCUGUAUGCGGGGUUUGUCCUCCUUGUCCGUCUCGCGGGGGCCGACGUGAAGUUGAUGGAUUAGAUUUCUUCACACGAUGGUAGCAGCCGAGCUUUUCGCACACCGUUUUGAAGCAAAGAGUGUCGAAAAGCACACCCAACAAAUGCUGUGGUUGUCCAAUUAAAUGAUUACCAUGGCUACGUGUGCCAUUGAACCCUGUGAUUGAUGGCUCGCGGAUGGGAUAAUCGUUCGAGUUGCAUGUUCUUCUAAUGUUGCCUGGCAACAAUUAAAUUCUUCAACCCCAAUCGCUUUUCCCCCCUUUAAUCGUGAAGGAAUUUAACCCGAGCGACGAUGGUGUGCGGCCAGCUGAUGGCCGUGAUUUCAGCACCACACACUAACUGUACAGCCGUAGUGGAAUCGUUCAUUGAAAAGUGAAACGCGACUAGGUGCAUGCGCUUAACUAGCUCGCCGCUCUGUGCGAACCCAGGAACCGGACCUAACUGCCGCAGAACAAGCGCGCGCCACGUAUAACAUCAAAGAUGCAGGAUGGUCUCAUUUCCCGCGCCGGGGCAGCUAUCUGUAACGACACCUAUCCUGCCAAGGGAUCAGCCAACUACAACGUUCCACCAGUGGACGGAGGAGCGGGUCAAUACUCUCCCUCGAAAGCAUGUGUCCAUCAACAUCACCCGACCCGACAGCAGCAGCCGCCCUCUCCGCAGCACACGCCGUGUGGAGACUUUAAGCUCUGCGGGUACGACGGUACUACGAUGAGCUGUGGUCCGCUAGGUGAUGAGUGUUUACCAAGCAGCACCGGUGGAAGUCCACUGACCGGCCGUACCGGAAAGGCGGACCUGUUUGGUGUGCUGGAGUUUUGGCUACAGCUACGCUACGACCUAUCGACGCUACCGUGGGAACAAUUGCAAACGAUCCAGCUCAAGAACCCCCGUGCCGCACCGGGCUGUGCGUACAUUCCGACAAAGGUGGAACACAUUGCCAACAUAGUCACGCACGGUACCUGGGUACUGCCGUCGAUGUAUGCCGCCCUCUACCUUUACGGGCGCAGCCACACGCCCGCCCAAACGCUUGCGGCCAUCAUCUAUGGGGCGGCCCUUUCGAUGCUGUUCUUUGUCUCGACCUGCUUCCACUGCGUCUGCUACUGUAACCACAAUCGGCCGCUGAAGGAUGCGCUGCAUCGAUGCGAUCGUGCGAUGAUCUACAUCUUCAUCGCCGGCUCGUACUAUCCGUGGCUCAGCCUGGGACAUACGACCCACCCGCAGAUAGUGUCCGUGGUAAAGUGGAGCGUUUGGGUGAUGGCCGUGCUCGGCAUUGUUUAUCAACAGAUGUACCACGAACGGUACAAGUGCCUGGAGACGUUCUUCUACGUGGUGAUCGGACUCGGCCCAUCGGUCGUGAUUGUGCUGUGGGGCCACGAGUUUACCGGUAUGGCCGAGCUAAAGUUUGGCGGCGUGCUGUACAUUAUCGGUAUCGUGUUCUUUAAGUCGGAUGGGCUAUUCCCUUUCGCGCACGCGAUCUGGCAUCUGUUUGUGGUGUUUGCCGCAUCCGUGCACUACUUUGCCAUCAUGACCUACCUGUUUCCGGACACGAGCAGCAUCGUUUCAUCCGCGGUGGAAGGUGCAGCGGCCGGUUAAACUGGCAAAAGGCGAUGUGGGUGGCUGGCUUUAUUCUUGUUCCCCUUUUCCUUCGUUUAUCUCACACUGUUUGUGUUCAAAGCCUUUUGAUUAGUUAGGUUUUAUUAAGUUUUGUACAGCGUAAUUGUAAGUAGACUUUCUUUUUGUGUGGGAGCGCGCUGGUGCGAUCCGCUACAGCUAAAAGAAGGUUAAACAGAGUGUAUACCAAGGCAAAGGAAGAGGACACACGUUUCCUAGAAACGAAAUGAUAUAUUUUUAACGCAACAUUUUGGUACCCAGUGUAGCCUGGGAACGUGUGGCUAGCGUGUGUAAUAGAGAAAGGAGUUUUGGAGGUGUUCAAGAGUGUGUAAGCUACUGGGUGUGUAGCUGUUGGAACCAUUUCCUCCCACCUUUUUUGGGUAAAAAUCAAACCUGCUCAAUUUACUUUUUCUAUCCUUACAAUUCAUAUUGUAUUGCAUAUUGUAUAAGCAUUUCUGUUUUUUGUUUCUGUCGCUUAUUUUGUACGCCUUUUUGGCUGGCAAUACUCAUGAAGCUGGUGAAAGAGGUUUUUGUUUUCGCUUAUACAAUUCUUUAAGUGCAACAAAAAGGUCGAAAAAGGCAUCUUAAAAUGAUAGAAUCGGUGACGGAAGUCAUUUCAUUGUAGGCAUAUUAGUGGUUUCUGUUUGUUGUCUUCUUGUUCUGUCUUAUUGUGAUACUUAGCAUGACUAAGAAAAGUUUAUAAUAUUUAAUUAGUUUACAGUUUCUUAAUUCCUGUCCCACUUCCCGGACCCUCCCCGGUUGAGGAAUUGAACAUAGAAAAUUAAUUAUUACGUUAUUAGUGGUACAAAACAGUUGUCAGUUGUGGCGACCCCUCCCCACAAUAUAGCAAGCAAGUUUAGUGCAACUCAAACCACCUAAAAAUUAAAUGGUCGAACAGAAAGAGCUGAAUGAUGUUCUUUGUAUAAGGUGCAAUGUUGUAACACAACAUCGACGGGUAGAUUUGAUAUUAACGUUGAGAGCGGCUGGACGCAUGGUUGGUGGCGAGCAUUGCUGCGUUAGAGUAAGCACACCCAUACAUAGAUGGUGAUGUGUAUCAAAACCAGUGGAAAAGAUAGAAGUCUGAAUUAUCGUUAGGCAAAAGGCUAUAUGGAUACAUUAACAUAUACCAAACACUAAAACAAAAACAACUCGAAGCCAAAACACAGUACCAUUUCGUAGUGGUUAGCUUCAUCAACUGACUUCUUCAUCCAUCUAACGAAUAAUCCAACAAAUGUCUCUCUUGAAUGCUACAUAAAAAAUACUCGAUAAUAGUAACAUUAAACCCACCUUAAUAGAGUAGAAUGGAAUAGAAAAAGGUUUUGUUGCGCUAAAUGCUGCAACAAAUUAAACAAACGAUCCCCCAUAUUUGCUCAGCUUAGAAAACAGAGAAAACAAACACACGUACAGGCACUAGUGGCAUAUCGGGUAAACAUUACAAACAAAACACUUGGAUGAAACAAAAAAUGAUAAGGAGGGAAUUGGGAAACAACUAAAUCAUUAGUAAAACAACCCAAAUUUGAUACAAAAAUAUCAAAAUGAUAAAUUCCACCCCAAUACCAAUGUAGCCCAUCGAUAAUUAAAUUAGAAAAAAAAAACAAACAAACAAUUAAAUAGGAAAUAGGGAAAAUGUUCCGAAAAGAGCCAAAUAAUUCUCGAAUUAAAAUAGUUUCUCGAUUGUGCAUAUUUCUUCCAGUCCAGUUGACAACAUAAGCUCACUUUACAGGGUUUUCCAGGGGUUUUCAUAGUUGUGGGACACUUCCAUGACUCUUUCCUAUUGGAAGUGAUCUUUAUAUAUUGGAAAUUGGACUCCAUGGUACCCGUUUUGGACAGGCUCCUUGGAAAUUCCUGCUAGAUUUAUUCAACAAGGGUGCUAUACAGUUCAAUUCCCAUUACAUUAAGUUUAUUUCUCGUAGGAAAGUAUCCCACAGCUAUGAGAACUCCUGGAAACCCCUGUAAAGAUCACUUUCAACUAGAAAACACGCUUGGUGUACACCGUACCGUACAGUACAGUUCAAUAGACAAUGCAAUAGGCCAACAUCCGCUGAGUAUAAACUGAUAAUAAAUGUUGAAACAAAUAGUUUGGAAUGAUAGUACGAACACAAAAA